UUUCUGUUAAAAGUAAGAAGAUGAUGAGAAAAUAUUUAAUGAAGUAUAUGCAUGUAUAGUGGAACUGCUUAACUAUAUUCACAAACAAUGCAGGUCCAGACUCUCAACCUUGAACUUCUCCAGUGUCCCACACCAGCCUCAUCACAUCACCUUGCAGAAGCACUGUGCUCUAUGCCAAACCUGACUGACCUGACACUGUAUGGAAUAGAGCCAAAGGAGGAGUUCUACUCCACAUUGAAAGCAAAAGCAUCAUCCAUACAGGUCCAGACUCUCAAGCUUCAUAAUAUCCAAUGUACCACACCAGCCUCAUCACAUCACCUUGCAGAAACACUUAGUUCUAUGCCAAACCUGACUGACCUGACACUGCAUGGAAUAGAGCCAAAGGAGGAGUUCUACUCCACAUUGAAAGCAAAAGCAUCAUCCAUACAGGUCCAGACUCUCAAUCUUCAUCGUCUCCAGUGUCCCACAUCAGCCUCAUCACAUCACCUAGGAGAAGCACUGUGCUGUAUGCCAAACCUGACUGACCUGACCAUGAAUGGAUGGAACUUUGAUGAGGAGUUCUACUCUACAUUGAAAGCAAAGGCAUCAUCCAUACAGGUAUGUGUGUCCUAAUGUAAAUGUCAUGGAGGGUCAUUGAUCAACAAGACAGCAGUAAUAGUUAAA